AUGUCAAUUUCUGCAACUCCAACCCAAAUUCUGGCCAUCUACAGUGGUAUGGCCGGUUUUGCCUACAUUGAAACGGAUCAGUUCCGUAAAGCUGUCCCAUUGCUAUUCGUUUUGCCUUUCCUUGUCCUGUCGGCACUCACGUUGACUCUAUCGAUGAAAAGCCGGCAGAAAUUCUUCACUGCAGCUUCGUUCCUUGUUUCUGCGUGUGCUCUAUACGUGUUCACUUUAAACCGUCGUGAGUUGGCUCUGGUUUGCUUGAUGGGCUCCAUCUCGCACAUACUCUACGUAAUGUCGUUCUUGCCUCAUGUGCGACGAGUAUGGAUGAGUCUGGGUGUUGUGCUUGGCGUAUACCUUACGGCAAUCCUUUAUCACUGUUUUGCCGAUCUAUACGUCUCGAUUCCCACUCUCGUAUUCGCCUCAUCACUCCUUCUUUGUGUGGCAUCCAGUUCAGUGCUGGCCGCUGGGUCGGUUUGGUAUUAUGAAUCGAGAGGUUCCCAUUCAGUUCAGGCUGCUGCUCUACGCUUUCUGGGGAUGCUGGCAUGUCUGGCGUGUAGUUCCGUCCUUAUUCUGAAUCAAUUCGGUGCACGAUUCGAUCGAUCCAAUUACAUGCUCACCAUUCUGCACUACGUUUCCCAAGGCCUUCUCUUUCUGGCCAAUGAAGAAACCUUUUGA